CGCUGCCUACGUGGGAGAGAAGGGAGGAAUUGGGGGAAGUGUGGAAAAGCUGAACCCAAGCUGCUGCCGCCUGAGGAAGAUUUGGUGGGAGAAGUAGAAGGGAAGAAAGGGGUGGAGGGUGAGGUGAGGAGGGCAUCUGGGUCGCUGCUCCUGGGCAGCACAAAGUUCUUCGCAAUGUGGCUGAAGCCUGAGGAAGUGCUCCUGAAAAAUGCGCUGAAGCUGUGGCUGAUGGAGAGGUCCAACGACUACUUCGUGCUGCAACGGCGUCGGGGCUACGGGGAGGAAGGCGGAGGAGGGCUCACAGGGCUUAUCGUUGGAACUCUUGAUUCAGUCUUAGACUCCACUGCUAAAGUAGCUCCAUUUCGCAUCUUACACCAGACACCAGAUUCUCAGGUUUACCUGUCAGUUGCAUGUGGAGCCAACAGAGAAGAAAUAACCAAACAUUGGGAUUGGUUGGAACAAAAUAUCAUGAAGACUUUAUCUGUGUUUGAUUCAAAUGAAGAUAUUACUAAUUUUGUCCAAGGAAAGAUAAGAGGAUUAAUUGCUGAGGAGGGAAAACAUUCUUUUGCAAAAGAAGAUGAUCCUGAGAAAUUCCGAGAAGCCCUAUUGAAAUUUGAAAAAUGUUUUGGUUUACCAGAGCAGGAGAAGUUAGUGACUUAUUACUCAUGCAGUUAUUGGAAAGGACGGGUUCCUUGUCAGGGCUGGCUCUAUCUUAGCACCAACUUUCUGAGCUUCUAUUCUUUUUUGUUGGGAUCAGAAAUAAAACUCAUUAUCUCCUGGGAUGCAGUCUCAAAACUUGAAAAGACUUCAAAUGUUAUACUAACAGAGAGUAUUCAUGUGUGUUCCCAAGGGGAGAAUCACUACUUUUCAAUGUUUUUGCAUAUUAACCAAACAUACCUUCUCAUGGAACAGCUGGCAAACUAUGCUAUAAAGAGACUUUUUGAUAAGGAGACAUUUGAUAAUGACCCAAUCCUUGAAGAUCCUCUACAGAUCACCAAAAGAGGUCUGGAAAAUCGAGCCCACAGUGAGCAGUUUAAUGCUUUUUUUAGGCUGCCCAAAGAAGAGACUUUGAAAGAAGUACAUGAGUGUUUCUUAUGGGUACCAUUCAGCCACUUCAAUACUCUUGGAAAAAUGUGCAUCUCAGAAAACUAUAUCUGCUUUGCUAGCCAAGAUGGCAAUCUAUGUAAUGUAAUCAUUCCACUGCGAGAGGUCUUAGCGGUAGACAAGACAAAUGAUUCCAGCAAACCUGUCAUCAUUAGCAUCAGAGGAAAAACAGCUUUUCGCUUCAGUGAAGUUAAAGACUUCGAGCAACUGGUGGCAAAACUGAGGCUCAAGUGUGGGGCAGUUUCAACUCAAUAUCAUGAUAUUAGCACUGAGGUUCCUAUUAGUUCUAAUUCUGCAGACCCAUCUGAUAAUAUUGAGGUACUAUCUCUGACAUGUCAGAGAGAAUGCAGUAAAACUGUGAACACCGAAGCCUUAAUGACAGUAUUUCACCCUCAGAAUUUGGAGACUCUUAAUUCCAAAAUGUUGAAAGAAAAGAUGAAGGAACAGUCAUGGAACAUCCUAUUUGCAGAAUGUGGGCGUGGUGUUAGCAUGUUUCGGACCAAAAAGACUCAAAAUCUGGUUGUAAGAGGGAUUCCAGAGACCUUAAGAGGAGAGCUGUGGAUGCUUUUUUCAGGUGCCAUUAAUGACAUGGCUGCUAAUCCUGGCUAUUAUGCUGAAGUGGUUGAGCAGUCCUUAGGGACCUGCAACUUGGCUACUGAAGAAAUUGAGCGUGAUUUGCGUCGCUCCCUGCCUGAACACCCAGCCUUUCAGAGUGACACUGGCAUAUCUGCUCUGAGGCGGGUACUCACUGCUUAUGCAUAUAGGAAUCCCAAAAUUGGAUACUGCCAGGCAAUGAACAUUUUGACUUCAGUGUUGCUUUUGUAUGCAAAAGAGGAAGAAGCUUUUUGGCUUCUGGUUGCUGUAUGUGAACGAAUGUUGCCUGAUUAUUUUAAUCGUCGAAUCAUUGGAGCCUUGGUGGAUCAAGCAGUCUUUGAAGAACUUAUCAGGGAUCACUUUCCCCAGCUGACAGAACACAUGACUGAUAUGACAUUCUUUUCCUCAGUUUCUCUAUCAUGGUUCCUCACACUUUUUAUUAGUGUGCUACCUAUUGAAAGUGCAGUGAAUGUGGUAGACUGUUUCUUCUAUGAUGGAAUAAAGGCCAUUCUACAACUGGGAUUGGCAAUACUUGACUAUAAUUUAGACAAACUGCUGACAUGUAAAGAUGAUGCUGAAGCCGUGACAGCUUUAAACAGGUUCUUUGACAAUGUCACUAAUAAGGAUAGCCCAUUGCCUUCAAGUGUUCAGCAGGGUUCAAAUGUGAGUGAUGAAAAAAGCAGUCAUGUUAGAGUGGAUAUUACAGAUUUGAUUAGAGAGUCAAAUGAGAAAUAUGGCAAUAUUCGCUAUGAAGAUAUAUACAGCAUGCGCUGUCGAAAUAGGUUGUAUGUGAUACAGACCCUAGAGGAAACGACAAAGCAGAAUGUGCUGCGUGUUGUAUCACAAGAUGUGAAAUUGAGCCUUCAUGAACUGGAUGAACUUUAUGUCAUCUUUAAGAAAGAGCUGUUUUUUUCUUAUUAUUGGCAUUUGAGUCAUCCAGUAUUGAAGCACCAUGACCCUAGUCUGCCGUAUUUGGAACAGUAUCAGAUUGACUGCCAGCAGUUUAGAGUGUUGUAUCACUUGUUGAGUCCCUGGGCUCAUUCUGCAAACAGAGACUCACUAGCUUUAUGGACAUUCAGAUUGUUGGAUGAAAACUCUGACUGCCUUAUAAACUUCAAAGAAUUCUCCUCUGCAAUUGACACAAUGUACAAUGGAAGUUUUACUGAGAAGCUUAAGCUGCUUUUUAAGCUGCAUAUUCCUCCAGCUUAUACUGAAGUGAAAUCUAAGGACGCUUCAAAAGGAGAUGAACUUUCCAGGGAAGAAUUACUUCAUUUUAGUCAGCUCCAUGUUUCCAAGCCUACAGAUGAGAAAGAAGGAGAAUCAGUAAAAAAUGGCCCUGAGAAAGGCAAAGGAAAAGUUGAUAUUCAAGCAUAUCUAAGUCAAUGGCAAGAUGAGCUUUUCAAAAAAGAAGAAAAUAUUAAAGAUUUACCAAGAAUGAAUCAGUCACAAUUUAUUCAGCUUUCAAAGACCCUAUAUAACUUAUUUCAUGGGGACCCUGAAGAAGAAUCAUUAUAUCAAGCCAUUGCUAUUGUAACCAGCCUUUUGCUCAGGAUGGAAGAAGUUGGAAGGAAACUACAUAGCCCUACAUCAUCAGCCAAAGGAUUCUCUGGUACAGUCUGUGAGGGGAAUACAGAGAGCCACUUGGAGAAAGAUCUCUCCUCUCUCAGGGAAGAACCUCAGUGGUCAUUUUCAUUUGAACAGAUUCUUGCAUCGUUGUUGAAUGAACCAGCAUUGGUGAGGUUUUUUGAGAAACCCAUAGAUGUAAAAGCUAAACUAGAAAAUGCAAAAACCUCUCAGUUAAGUUCUAGAACCAAGAUGUAAAUCUCUUAACAGGAAUUGCCUAUCAUAGGCAAGUUUAGCUUGAUUCCUAGGAGUUGGGAUCAGGGAUUCAUCUUGUUGCCAAUGUGUUUGAAGGUUAAGAAAAAAGAUUUUUGAAGCACAGUUGUUUAUUUCUUUGUGGUAAUCUCUAGUUUUGAUAUUCUCCAAUACAAAUGUACUUUUUAUAUUUCACAAGAUAAUGCAAUAUCAGGGGAAUAUUCUUAAUCUGAACCACCAGAGGGCACUACUAUAUCACUUUUAGUAAGGAAAUUACCAGUUUGUGCUGCUAUUUACAUAUGAAUUACUGGUGAUUUUGAAAAUGUGGUGUUAUGUUUGAGUAUUAGUAAUGCUGACUUGUGAUAUCGAUAAACACUAUUUUCUAAACUGCCUCGGUCCUAUUAGAAUACUUUAGAAAACCAGGCUCUUAGAUAUAUAGCCUUAAUUAUCUAGAAGAUUACCGUAAGGGGGCCUCAUUUUUCAAGUCAUCUAACUGAAAUAAAAUCUUUUUAAAGUUAAUUUCAUUUAGUCUUCUAAUAACAAAGGGUUUUUUAGUAAUUUAUGCAAUUCUUCCUACCAGAGCAGUUAAGAAGCUGAUGACUCACUUUUUUUUUUUUUUACUUUACGACUUCAUUUUAAUUGUCUCAUGGUAAUCCAUUAGGUAGAUAGCAUAGUUUAUAAAACCAAUUGCUCAUUAUUGGACUUCCACAUUACAUUCACUUAUUUGAUGCUACAAAGAAUGCUGCGGUACGUCCUCUUAUUGCUGCAUCUCUGCCAUUAGAUUGCAUCCAUUAUUCUUUUGUUGGGAUAAGCCCCGAAAAGUUAGACUGCUGGGUCAAAGAUGUGACCAGGCCAAUCGCCUUCCAAGAAAGUCACAUUAAUGUACAAUCUUUUUAUUUAUAUGUACCUGCAGUGCAGAAAAGUACUGUUUUCCCACAUUCUCCCCAGCACUGGGCUCCAGCUUUUAAGAAAAUCUCUGUGCUGACUCACUUUUAACUCUGUUACUGAUAAAAACAAAUCAAGAACUCAAAACUCUGGGCUGAUAUAAGGAACUACAAUAUUGGAUUUGGAUUUAAGCUGGAUAAAGCCAACCUCUUCAGAAGGGUUAAGAAACAGUUCAGUUAAAUAUAUAGGUCUCUCAUUAGUCUGAGAAAUUACUUAAAAUUCUCCUAAGCCUUGCUUUUUGUGGCAUUUGUCUCAGAGUAGCUUGUGACUGCUUAGGUUCUAACUUAAGAUUUUGGAUUUUCACCAGUCACAUUUAAGUUACAUUAGAUAGACUAAGUUAUUGUAUUAGUCUGGCAAGUUCACAAAGUAUACUUGUGUGUAAUGAUUGUUAAGGUAAUGUAUAGAAAGAAUUGCUGACAUCUAUCUUAGAUUUGUAAUUUCUAUAUACUUUAUGCUGCUUAUAUUUCAGACAUUACAAUGAGAGUCCAUUUGGAGAUAAUUGGCGCUUUUUAUAGCACUUUAAAGAAACAACAAAUGACACUUGUCCAAUCUUCAGUGCUAUUUUUGACAAAAGCAACUUGAUAAUCAAUUAACUUAGAAAAUUUUAGAGAGAACUCAUCCAUUGGGGAUUCUUACUUUCACAAGACUUUGGUUUUAACCCUUUUGACUUUUCAGAUAUGUAACAAUGAAAGGGCAGACAUCCUUUAGAGUGACUCAAGAAGUCUCCCUUUCUAGAAAGGAAUUGGUAUAGUCAGCUUUUGACAAGAAUCCACUGUGAACAAUGCCUAACACAGAGGACUUCAUCACCAAAUAGAAUAUGGUAUUUUCAGAGAGAUUCAAGUAUUUUCAAGUUCACCCUUUGAAAUUUUCAUAAAUUGUGCUUGGCCGAACACUUAACUAGUAGUGUCUUUAAAAUAAUUUGGUCGACCUUGUCUUUAAAAGGGAAUUACCAGUUAAAGGAGAUAAAGGAGAUAGUUGGUAAAUAAGCGUCUAUGCCUUUUCUCAGAAAUGAUUUACUGAAACAUGUCCAAAUUUUAAAGUUUAGUUAACAGUUUAUAUAUAAGCUACCACACAUCUGCUAUUAGCAAUGAUUGUUAAAUUAUACUAAACUAGCUCUAGAAAGACACAAGAUUCUAUGCUUAUAUACAAAGGCACUAUUGCACAUAAUUUAUUGAAUAUUUUGUCAAUUGUAUUAACAAAUAAGAUGCUUUCUGAAGAGCAAAUGUUAUUAAUAUUUGAUAGGAUUUUUAAAUCAGGAUAUUGGAGAUUACUUAGUAUUUUAUUUUGGCUUAGGUUAAUAAAAUUGAAUAUUUAGAUUUUUGAGUUGCAAAAAGAUUAUAAAUGCAAGUUAAAAAGACAUUUAUUUUCUCAGUCUGUAGGAGAAAUACACUAACCACAUAAUUUUAUAGUUACUACUUGUUAAGCAGUGGGUUCUUCUUAAUAUGUAAUUGUGUCAAACCGAACCAAUGCAUUACACCUUAUACAUGAAAUUAUGUUGUAAGAGGGCUUUACUUGUCUUUAUAGAAAUAAAUAUUAUAAUUUCUGUGAUGACUGCCCUUGCACUGUUCACCAUGUAAGAACUUAUUCACUAUGUAAGAAUUUGUUCACCAUGUAAGAACUUGUUCGUUAUGCUUCAGAAGAUUGGAGACUGUUGAGAAUUAGGCUUGGGGUUGAUUAAUGAUUGUGCAUUGAGUCCCCUAUACAGAAUUUUAUUGUUAUUAACAACCAUUUGAUCAAUAAAUAUAAGAUAUGCCCUCUCAAAAAAAAAACAAAACAAAACAUGGUGCUUUGA